GGAACGGCAAAACUCCACUAUAAAUGCAGCAGCAGUCCUGGCGUAGUCGUAAGCUGGGCAAUAUCUUCUAUACUUGGAGUUCUUACCACCUGAUUUCUUCACUCCCACACAUUGGUGUUUGUAAUGAGUGCAAUGAAAGACCUGACAGCGACUAACAACUUAAUUGACAAAGGUUUGUUGCAAACAACAGAGUUGUACGAGUACUUACUGGAGACGAGUGUGUAUCCACGUGAAGCUGAAUCUCUCAAGGAGCUUAGAGCUCUCACUUCCACUCAUCCGCGGGCAUUCAUGGGUACUACACCUGAUGUUGGGCAACUUAUGGCCUUGAUCUUAAAGCUAAUUAAUGCAAAAAAGACGAUUGAGGUUGGAGUGUUUACUGGAUAUUCCUUGCUCCUUACUGCCAUUACAAUUCCCGAUGAUGGAAAGAUUACUGCCAUAGACGUCAACCAAACCACAUAUGAGAUCGGGUUGCCUAUAAUUGAAAAGACUGGGGUCAAACACAAGAUCAAUUUUAUCGAGUCGAAGGCUCUUCCUGUUCUUGAUCAAUUACUGGAAGAUCCCGAGAACAAAGGAACCUUUGACUUCGCUUUCGUUGAUGCUGACAAAGACAAUUAUAAGAACUACCAUGAGAGACUGUUGGAGUUUUUGAAACCUGGAGGAGUAGUUAUUUACGAUAAUACGCUUUGGGGAGGGUCAGUUGUCACGCCUGAGGACUUGGUUCCUAAGAGCAGACUAGCAAUGAGGAACGCUGUGAUUGAGUUUAACAAGUACUUGGCAGCUGAUGCUCGGGUCCAAAUUUCUCAAGUUCCUGUCGGUGAUGGGAUUACUAUUUGUUGGCGUCUGUGAGCAAAGAGAUGUGAGGGUCCGUUUUCGAUUGAUGGUGUAUGCGUGUAAUAAAACGAGUGGUCUUUUCUUAUUCGUAAAAAGUCUAAUAAGCAAAAAGUUCCCCCAGACACUUUUUGUAUUUCUUUUGAAAAGACGCGAUGCAUGUUACGAUAUCAGAGGUAGUAAAUUUCUUAAAAGUUGAGGGAUUGUGUAAUGUUCAUUUUAAGUAAAAUGCUAAUAACGCUUUCAAUGUA